AGUCUUGCACAGGUGUACCGGCUCCUCCCCUUCAGUCUAGCACAGGUGUACCGGCUCCUCCCCUUCAGUCUUGCACAGGUGUACUGGCUCCUCAACUUCAGUCUAGCACAGGUGUACCGGCUCCUCCCCUUCAGUCUUGCACAGGUGUACCGGCUCCUCCCCUCCAGUUCUGCACAGGUGUACCGGCUCCUCCCCUCCAGUUCUGCACAGGUGUACCAGCUCCUCCCCUUCAGUCUUGCACAGGUGUACCGGCCCCUCCCCUUCAGUCUUGCACAGGUGUACCAGCUCCUCCCCUUCAGUCUUGCACAGGUGUACCGGCUCCUCCCCUCCAGUCAUGCACAGCUGUACCAGCUCCUCCCCUCCAGUCUUGCACAGGUGUACCGGCUCCUCCCCUUCAGUCUUGCACAGGUUUACCAGCUACUCCCCUUCAGUCUUGCACAGGUGUACCGGCUCCUCCCCUUCAGUCUUGCACAGGUGUACCGGCUCCUCCCCUUCAGUCUUGCACAGGUGUACCGGCUCCUCCCCUCCAGUCUUGCACAGGUGUACCGGCUCCUCCCCUUCAGUCUU